AUGAGCUACACAGAAGGCAACUUGCCCCAGGGAGAUUAUUUCUAUGGGAACAAUAGUAUGGACACCACCACCUACUACCCCCAACAAUACCAGCAACAAAACUACAAUCAGAAUUUCAAAGAUCCGGCGGGAAAUCAAAAUUCUCAAAAUUUUGGAAAUUUCAAAAAUGUUCAAGAUGUCCAAUUUGACUAUAUAAAGCAGGGACAGGUCCAGUCACCACAACAGUACACCAACCAGAUGGUCCAGAGCUCAAUGAGCCCACAGCAAUGGAAGCAGGCUCAGGAUUUCCAGAAAGCUCAACAUGAGCUCUUGGGAAUUGAGCCGAUGGGAGAUGGGCAGAUGGAUAUUCCAGAGGGACCAUUAUCGAUGUGUUCUACAAAACACUCGAACAAGUUGAAUGCCGUGCGAUACUCUGCAAAAUGUUUGGAAAAAAAGCAGACCAACAUGAAGGAGAAACUCCACAAAGCCAACGAAUCACGCAAGGCUUCUGAAUUCCUCGAGGCGAGAAAUGAUGAAGCAGAAGACAUUUUGGAAUUCGCUGUGAAGGAAAUUGUCAUGCCGAAUUUCGACAUGAACAAUUGCAAUUACGAUAUGUAUUACGGUAUUGAAGCAGCCAAAGAGAAAGUUCUGGAAGAUGUGGAGAAAGCCAAAAAAAAGGAUGAGCAAUUGCAACAGAAGAAACAGACACUUCGAGAAGUCAAGGCAAAUUUGGACCAGAGACAAUUCGAAAACGAUAAUAAAAACACAAUUCCUGUGUAUGUUGUGAAAGAUGGUAAACAAGCACUGGCUAGCAAAACCACCAUAGCCACACGUUUGUGCCGAGCUAAAAAACAUCACACGACUAGUCAAAGUGACUACGAUGCUGCCGUUAAUCAAUAUUUUGAAUUAUUUCGCUCCAUUCGUCAAAUUGGUUCAGAGAAUGCGCCGGAAGAAUUCUGGCAACGUGCCAGAAUGACUGGACAAAUUGAAAAAGUGAACGGCCUUCAAGAAUGGCUGAAAUUUAACCCUGGAUAG